UGCAAAAUGAAAAAAAAUCAUAAUAACUUCCAGGUAAACAGAUUUUUCAGCCAAAUGAAUCAAUGAUUGCUUGGGUUUAGUUUAGGACGUCUCUGUGACUGAUAAUAAUGGAUUAUAGGAAUUUAACGGAGCCGGUGGUGAAUACGGGGUUAUCUUUUCCUCUACCUGCCCUGCGCCUGUUCAUCCCACCGCUGCGGCUGUUUUCUGCAGCGAUGUGGCAAGUGGCCCAACGAGGGGAUAUAAUGGGCUACGGGAAGCUGGAAGAGUUUGUGACAUUUGUUACAGAGACGGUUCCAGAGCUGCUCAGUUUCAGACAGAGAACCCAGCUCAUGUUGGGCUUACGAGCAAAGUUGGUUUUGGAGUUGUGCCGCACAGAGCAGACAGCAGGACUUCAGGGCCAUCUGGACAGGAUCCACGCUGCAAGAUCACAUCCGGAGGAUCCAGACUUUUGUUGUGCAGAAGCGGAAGCCUCUAAAUCAAAUUUCCUUGCACUGGUACAAACUCUUAUCCAAGACCCAGUUGAGAGGGAACAUUUCUUCCAGGAAGUGUUUCCUGUAGACUAUGGACCCAAGUAUGACUCUGCCCUGCAAGGAUUAAUGUGGGAGUUUCUCUCCAGGCUGGAGCAGCUCCUUCCAGUACCAGACCUCAAACAGACAGUGUCUUGGCUCAAUGCUGGACCCUCUGUCUUGGAAGAGUGUGUCAACUGUCUAUCUCAGCCUCUGCAGUUGAAGACUCUACUGCAACAUCAUAGAGAACUAGGAUAUUUGGACACCAAUGCAACUUCUUCCUCCUCUGCUGGCGACUGCAUCUUCUCCUCUCUGUCUCUCACUCCGGUAGUGGUGGCGGCCACUAGAAAGACAGAAACAGAGAUCCAAUCAGAGUUGAUGGAUGGUUGUAUGGACCCAGCCUUAUAUGGUGAAGAGAUGGAAACAGAGUCUGUAGUAGUGACUGAGUAUGCAGAAGUGGAGCUGGGGACCUGUACAUACACCAGAGAGGAAAGGGAGUUUAGUAUAGAGAAGACUGAGUCACAGAACCAAAGAGACAGUCAGGCUGAAUUGAAUGGGGAAGAGCGGGAGAUGGUAGCCAAUGCAAGCGAGGAAGAACGUCAAGAGGGAGAAGUGGAGGUUAUUUGUGAGGAAGUGGGGCAUCUGAACGGAGACGAUGAGCUUGUUUCAGAGAAAACCAGUGCCAUGAACAUAGAGGAAGCCGUUUUUGCGCAGAGGUGGGGGAUGUGUGUGUGGAUCUGGAGUCAAUGAAUAGAGAGGUGGAAAUUAUUUAUGAGGAGGUGGAGCAUGUUGAACAUCCGGAGUUAGUUGGGCCUAUAUGUGCAGAGAAUACAAUUGACAGACCGUCCAACCACAAUGAGAACCUACAUGAAGAAAAGGAUUUCACAGAGGAGGGGCUUGAGAAGGAUGAGCAGGAGAGAAAUGAAGCUGGUUAUGUCCCCCAAACUGUCACGGAUCAAGGAAGUUCCCAAUGUACGCCACAAGAAGUAAUGAACCAGCCAGAACUGGUCCCAUCCUGUCUGCACCAAAAACCCACAUUAGGGUUCCAGAGACUGGACAUCAGUGUCCUGCCUCUC